AUGCACCAAGGUAGCCCACCAAAUAAUAAUCAAAAAUCACCAGUGGCUAGUCCAAAUACAGUUUUAAAACAAAUUGAAAAUGGAAAAUUUAGGAUUAAUUUUACAGCAAAAAAAACAACAAACCCUGAUGACAAUAUUACACUUGCUGACGAUCCUUUAAAUAUUACCUCUGAGAAAGAAAUAGAAGUUGGUAAUAAUAAUAAUAAUUUAAAUGAAAAUUUUAAAAAUAACGAAGAAUCUAUGGAUAUUGAAAAAUCAAUUAAUAAAAUUAAUGGUGGUUCAAAAGAAAACGGUAGUGAAAACACAAUUACAAAUGGAAAAAAUGAAAAUGGUAAUCAUAUAAAUUCUAAUGAUUCAAAAAACGAUAAUUUAGAAAAUAAUAAAAAAUUAAAUGGUAAAAACGAAGAUGAAAACAACAAUGAAAACUCAUCAAAAGAAAAUGAAAAUAGUAAUGAAAAUAGUAAUAAUAUGAAUAAUAAAGGGAAAGAAAAAGAAGCAUUAAAACCAAUUAUAGAAGUUCCAGAGGAAGAAAUGAUUCAAAAUAGUAGUAAUAAUAAAAACAAAAAUACCGAAAAUACCGAAAAUACUGAAGAUACAAAUAAAAAUAAAAAUGAGAAUAAAAAUUAUUUCAACUAUAAAGGUAGAAAUAAUCUUUCUGAAGAGGAUGAUUUAGUGGCAACAAAUAGAUUAGUUGAAGAAUAUAUGUUAAAAACACCACCACUCACCAAACAACUAUUUCAAAUGGAUAAAAAUCAAAUAGAAACCUUUAGAAUAGAAUCAAUGAAUAAAUAUUUAGAAAAUUAUAAAGCUUCUAAAUAUAGUAAUAUUACUAGUAAUAAAAAUAAUAAUGUAAAUAAUAUAAAUAAUAAUAGCCAACAACAAAACAAUAAUACAAUGGUAAUACCAAUAACUACAACUACAACAUCAACGACAGCAUCAAUAAAAUCAGCACCAACCUCACCAACGGCAACAGCAACGACAACUACUACAAAUUCAAUUAGUACUAGAAGGAUGACGGCAACAGCAUCAUCAACAUCAUCACCAACAUCACCACCACCAUCAUCACCACCAAAUUUAUCAGUUCAACAACAACAGCAGCAACAGCAACAACAACAAUUAAGACAACAACAACAACAACUUCAACAACAAAUUGAACAAAUGCAACAGUUAAUGAAUGAAGAGGAAGCUCAACAAAAGGAUGAUAGUUUAGGAGAGAAAGGAUCAGUAUCUAUGGAGAAUUUAGCAUAUUUAGAUCAACCGAUUUAUAUUAGUAAUGAUGCACCAACUGAACCAUUUAUAGUUUGUCAAAUUUGGGGUUGUGGUCAAUUAUUCACAGCUAGGGAAUACAGAAAUCAUUUGGAGAAUGAACAUGAUUCUUUGAAUUGUAAUGCAAAUGGUAAUCAAAAUUACUUUAGUGGAUAUAACCAUAAUAACAAUGGAGUCGAUGUAAUUAGCUAUUCACAAUUAACCGAUAGAAAUUCAAUGGAUAGAUAUUCAAAGGGUAGUUUACCUGUGUUAAUCAAUGGUUUACCAAAGAAUUGGAAUAUUUCAAACUAUAAUCUACAAUAUCUCUUUCAAAAGUUACCCUUUAACAAUGCAAUGUGGUCAAGAUUAAACUUUAAUACCGCUACAACUCAAUGGGUUGGUAAUGUUAAUAAAUUUCAAAAAACUGUAAAUUCACCAAAUAGAUCAUUCCAUAAAAACUUUUGUUUAAAAGUUUCUUUUGAUAUACCUGUUUCUUGGGAACCGUUACCAUACUUUAAUUUAAAUUAUUUUAAUGUUGUACAACAAACAACAUCCAGUUGUAGUGGAAGUGGUAAUGGUAGUAGUAAUGGAAUUGGUAAUGGAAUUGUUAAUGAUAAUAAUAAUAGUAAUAGUUUAAAAGGUGGUGCAGGACAAGGAUUUUUAAAGAGUUUUUUAUUUAUUGGUAAUCAAGGUUCAAUAGUAUCAUUACAUAGAAAUUUUAGUGAUGUUUCAAUUUCAAUGUUUAAAGGAUCACAACGAGUUAUCCUAUUCCCACCAAAUAAAAUCUUAGAAAUGGCUGCAUACAAUCGUUAUCUCUUAAAUCAUCACAAAGAUAGAACAAAAUAUAUCUAUUUCGAUUAUUAUCUUUCUCCAGAAGAUUUAGAAUUAAUUCAAAGAUUCGGUGGUAAAUCUGUUAUCUUAAAUAAAGAAGAUACUUUAUAUAUACCAGCUGGUUGGUAUUAUCAAAUUAAUAUUUUAGAAGAAGAAACAAUUUCAUUAAAUUAUUUUAAUUUAACAACUUAUAAUUUAGAAUUUUAUAUUCAAAAUUUUAAACAAUCAAAUGAUAUAAUUUUAGCAGAUUUAUUUAAAGCUAUUUUAUUGGAUUAUUUUAGUCGUUGUAAUUAUUGGAUUAAUAAUCAAAAUCAAUAUAUUUUAAAAGAGAAUCAAUCAAUAUUAUUCGUUGCAGAUAAGGAACAAAAGUAUUGGAAUAGUUAUGGUGUUGAAUUAAAGAAUCAAUCAGUUUAUCAACAAAUUCUAAUGGCAUUACAAGAGGGUUUCAUUCUAUCCUCUUCAACAUUAUUGGUUAAUAAUUCAAUCAUUAGUAAAAGACAAUUCCAAGAACAAUUAAAACAACAACAAAGAAAUUCAAAACCAAUCAUUACAAUUAAUCAUCCUCAUCAAAAUUUUUAUCAUCCUUAUUUAUCUCAAAGAUUUUUAUUAUCUUCUUCAACUCCAAAUACUACCACUACUUCCGCUACUACUUCAACAUCAUCAUUAUUAUCUUCUUCCUCUAAAAAUCUAUUAAAUAUAAUCGAUCAAAUUAAUGUAAUAGAUAGUAAUUUUUGUGAUAAUUUAAAGAAAAUCACUCAUGAUUUAAAUUUUAUUUUGAUUUCAAUUGCAACAAGAUAA